UGCGCGAAAGUUAAUUCCCACCGCCAUAUACCGCCAUAUUGUUUGCGGUAGUCGUGCACGAAGUUGGUCGAUUUGUACGCGGUCUCGUGAGUUUUUUUCUUGUUCGGUGAGUCCUUCGGGAAAAUUUGCAAACAUUUCGCGAAAAAGCAACAUGAAGAAGACCAAGGACGUGUCCGACGAGGACGAAUAUUCCGCAGACGAUCCGGAAGAAAUUGAAGGAGCUUCCGAAGAAGACUGGACUCCUGAGGCCGGGGUCGAGGGUGGUGCUAAAAAGAGGCCACAGAGGGAAGUUGCUAAAAAACGACAACAUUCGGAAGAAGAAGAGGACGAAGAAGAAGAAGAAGAGGAGGAGGAAGACGAUGAGGAAGACGAAGAGUCUGAUUCUGACACAGGAAAAAAGCCCAAAAGGAAAAGACGGUCAAAGAAAGAAGAAGAUGAAAAGGAGGACGAAGAUGAGGACUCUGAUGAUAAUAGCUUUAACGAAUCGUCCGGGGAAACACCAAAAGACUUCACCUCUGGGGCAUUUGUUGUUGCAAAAGCAGACAUUGGUACAAGUACGGAUCCAACACUGUGGAGGAUAGAUGGAAAAGCUUUACUUCAGAAGUUUUUACCUUUCAAAGAAAAUGGAAAGACAUUAUAUAAAAGCACAUCAACAUAUUCCGGAUGGUCGGUGAACAAUAAAGAUAAGUACUUGGCUGCACAGGUCACUUUUAAAGUGCAAAGUAGAACAGAGACAAUUGUUGAACUUCAUCUUGAUCAACAACAACAAGAAAUUGUGAAGGAAGACAAAGAAGAUUAAAAUUUAAUCUUCCAUUAUCUACAUUAAUGUAAGAUCACGGUUGAUCUUAUUUGUUUAUAUACAUUUUAAGGUAUGCUAAGAAAAAAAUACAUCUACAUCCACAUGUACACAAUAACACUACACAGGCAUAUUACGCAAACAAAUGGAUGCAGUUUACAAAAUGAUAUUCUAGCAGAUUCGUGUUUAAAAAUAAGAUUGAGUGGACCAUGGAUCUCAGUUCAAAGUUGCAAAGGGGUAGCUUUACGUAUAAUUGAUGGUUCUGUCAAAUGCGUAUGCGUGUUUCAAUUAACAAUAAAGCUACCUACAAGUGUGCGUCAUUAUUCAGUUCUUUGGAGGUACACAAUAUCCACUCGCAUUCUGCAUUUUAUAAUUGCAACAAAAGUCUGGACUUCUUAAUUCGAUCGCGUAUAUUAUUUUAAAAACGUUUAUCUUCUUGCUUUCUUUCUUUCUAAUUAUUUGGUAUACAAAUUUGGAAGUAGUCCUGAUCUCAAAAUUUACUUGGCCGUUUAUUGUACUUUGAAUAAUUAUACCCUGUGACGAAAACACGUUUAUUGACUAAAUCCUGCAUUACAUUUAGUCGUCGAGAUGGAAAAUGUUAGAUAUAGAAGGGGAAAAAAAAACAGUGUCAGUUACCGUUUGUCUUGUGUUCCUAUCGUCCUGUGAAAAUCCUUGGGAAAUUGUAUUGUUUUUAACUUUUUUUUAUUUAAAUUUCGGAUUAUUUUCGUGACCGCGAGUAUACUGAAUUUAUGUUAAUAGUAACAGUGUGAAUAAGAAAUUAAAUUGUACUGUCAUCGAUCAUGUUCAGUGGUAUGUCAUGUUGGACCUAGUUUUAUGGAUAAAAAUUAUGGUUCAUAUACAUGAAAGAAGAAAGAGUAAAAAUUAAUUGUGUUAAAUAUUUAUUCAAUAUUCCUGUAUUUGUACAUUUCAUCGUAUCUUCUACAAAGCUCCUACCCUGUUUGUAUAAUCUAUGUACAUCAAAUUUAUUGGAAUGUAGGCAUAUAAGGAAUAUAAUUUUCAUUAUAAGUUUAAACGUUUAAACAUUAAAUCAUAUAUUUAAAAAAUUAUACACAAAAAUAAUUUUACGUGAGUUCUUCAAGAAAU